GGCUGUGCUCACGCGCCGUUCCGCGCGCGAGUAACCGCUGUGAGAAUGAGCGGAGAGAGAGGAGCCCGGUAUUUUCUGUCGACGCUCCGCAGACCCGCCUCCCGUCAUCCCGCCCUUUAAUAAGUUUCUAGGCUGCCGUUCCCUUUAAACCUCGCGUUUUUUUCCUCUUUAAUCCUGAAUUAAACGCGGAUCCGGAUAAAGCGGGCUGGGUUAGCCGGGGCUGCGCGCGGGGGUCUGGCUGGCGGAGUGUUUUUUCUCCCGGUGUUUUCUUUACCUGUGUUUUUAUUCCUGAGGAACUGGGACUCUCAGCGCCUCGGGGUGCUCCUGUCUGCUUGAGGGGAUUUUUUGGGGAAUCAUUUUUUUUUUAUUUUCCAGUGGAAGAAACGCCGUGAAAAGCGUCAGGGAGUGACCUUACCUGAGGACACCCGACCAGUACCCACCCGCCGCCCGGGACCCCGUGUUCAUUAUCCGCUGCUGCUCAGAAGUUUCCUGUGGUUCUGGAGGAAUGAGGUUCACAGGUGUGUGAGACGAAACUGGGCGCUGAGCGACCAUCAUGCAGGUUAUUCCAACGAGGUGAAAGAGAGAGCUAACCUCCGACAUGUAUGAGGAGAACCGAAAAAGCAAUGGGUACUCCAAAGAGGAGGAGGAGGGUGGCGGAGAGGGGGAUGAAGAAGAGGAGGAGGAGGGAGGAGGAGGAGAAGGGGAUGAGGGAGAUUGGGAUGAUGAGACGCAGCCGCGGAUGAACCGCACAGACACGCUUAACUCCACCACCAGCUCCACGGCAACGCAGAAGAAGAAGAGCCAGCACGCCAAGAAGCAGGUGCAGGGCUCCAACCAGGUGCAGCGCGCCCCACGAGCCCUCUACUGCCUUAAACUGAACAACCCCAUCCGCCGAGCCGCACUGUCCAUCGUAGAGUGGAAACCUUUUGAUAUAUUUAUUCUUCUGGCUAUCUUUGCUAACUGUGUGGCUCUGGGAGUGUCCAAGCCUUUUCCUGAGGAUGACUCCAACGCUACUAACCAUGACCUGGAGCAAGUAGAGUAUGUGUUUCUGAUCAUCUUCACCAUAGAGACCUUCCUGAAGAUUCUGGCCUACGGACUGGUCAUGCACCCCAGCUCCUACAUCCGCAACGGCUGGAACCUGCUGGAUUUCGUCAUCGUAAUUGUGGGGUUGUUCAGCGUGGUACUGGAGACGAUGACCCAUAAGCAUGGCGGUGAAACACACCACAUGCCAGGGAAACCUGGAGGCCUGGACGUGAAAGCCCUCAGAGCCUUUAGAGUGUUACGACCUCUUAGGCUCGUUUCAGGAGUGCCCAGUUUGCAGAUUGUGCUGAAUUCCAUCAUGAAAGCGAUGGUUCCUCUGUUGCAUAUCUCUCUGCUGGUCCUGUUUGUCAUUAUCAUCUACGCUAUAAUCGGCCUGGAGCUGUUUAUUGGCCGCAUGCAUAAAACAUGCUACUAUCUUGGCACAGAUGACUAUUCAGAUGAUGAACCAGUGCCUUGUGCGUUUGCUGGUCAUGGACGUCAGUGCAUAAUUAAUGGUUCAGAGUGCAGGGGCAGGUGGGACGGGCCGAACGGUGGCAUCACCAACUUUGAUAACUUCUUCUUUGCUAUGCUGACGGUAUUCCAGUGCAUUACUAUGGAGGGCUGGACCGAUGUCUUGUACUGGAUGAAUGAUGCUAUAGGUUUUGAGCUGCCUUGGGUGUACUUUGUGAGUCUGGUCAUCUUCGGAUCUUUCUUCGUGCUCAACCUUGUGUUGGGUGUGUUGAGUGGUGAAUUCUCUAAGGAGAGAGAGAAGGCUAAAGCACGAGGAGACUUCCAGAAGCUGAGAGAGAAGCAGCAGCUGGAGGAAGAUCUGUGCGGUUACAUGGACUGGAUCACACAGGCCGAGGACAUCGAUGAGUAUGACGAGGACGGAAACAGACGUGUGACCCUGCGUGACCUGGCUGAUAAAAAACGAGGAAAGUUUGGCUGGUUCAGCCACUCCAACGAAACUCACGCAAGUCUUCCAGCUAGUGAAACAGCUUCUGAGAACACAGAAAAUAUAGAGGAAGAACACACUGACUGUUGUGCUGCUUGCUGCGCUCGCAUUAUGAAAAUCGCUUGCUGCCGCACUUUGCGUCGCUGGAACCGCGGGGUUCGACGGACGUGUCGAAAAGCGGUGAAAUCUGUGACGUUUUAUUGGGUAGUGCUGAUCCUGGUCUUUCUCAACACAGCACUGAGCGCAUCAGAGCACUACAACCAGCCAGAGUGGCUCACUGACGUACAGGAAAUUGCCAACAAGGUGCUUCUGUCUCUCUUCACGGUGGAAAUGUUGCUGAAGAUGUACAGUCUGGGACUGCAGGUCUACUUUGUAGCUUUUUUCAACCGCUUUGACUGCUUCGUGGUGUGUGGAGGCAUCCUGGAGACUGUGCUGGUAGAAAUGGAAAUCAUGCCACCUCUCGGCAUUUCUGUGCUGCGCUGUGUUCGCCUGCUUAGGAUCUUCAAAGUCACCCGGCAUUGGACGGCGUUGUCUAAUCUGGUGGCAUCUCUGCUGAACUCUAUGAAAUCCAUUGCAUCUCUGCUGCUGUUGCUUUUCCUCUUCCUCAUCAUCUUCGCUCUGCUGGGCAUGCAGCUCUUUGGUGGCAAAUUUAACUUUGACGAGACGCAGACCAAACGGAGCACCUUUGACGCUUUCCCCCAGGCGCUCCUCACAUGCUUCCAGAUCCUGACAGGUGAGGACUGGAACAUGGUGAUGUAUGAUGGGAUCAUGGCGUAUGGAGGCCCUGUGUUCCCUGGCAUGAUUGUAUGUCUGUAUUUUGUCAUUCUCUUCAUCUGUGGUAACUACAUCCUCCUAAAUGUCUUCUUGGCUAUCGCUGUGGACAACUUGGCAGGAGGAGACGGAGAUGACAAAAAGAAAGAAGAAAAGAAGGAAGGAGAAGAGGCUCAGGAAGGAGAGGAGACUGAAGAAGCAAAGGUGGACAUGGAUGAAUAUGAGGAAGAGCAGGAAGAGCAUGAAGAAGCAGAUGAUGAAGAAGGAGGAGCUCAGUUGAAUGUGGCUGAUUUUGCUCCGCCUAAAGAAAAAAUCCUGCCCAUUCCAGAUGGCAGUGCUUUCUUCUGCCUCAGCAAGACCAACCCAAUAAGAGUCGGGUGUCACAUUCUGAUCCAUCAUCACAUCUUCACUAACCUGAUCCUGGUCUUCAUCAUCCUCAGUAGUAUCUCACUUGCUGCUGAGGACCCAAUCAGGGCUCACUCUGCUAGGAACAAUUUCCUGGGCUACGCCGACUACGCCUUCACCUCCAUUUUCACAGUGGAAAUACUUCUCAAGAUGACUGUCCAUGGGGCAUUCCUGCAUAAGGGCUCGUUCUGUAGGAACUGGUUUAAUCUAUUGGACUUGCUUGUUGUCAGUGUAUCUCUGGUCUCCUUCUUUCUUCACUCGAGUGCUAUAUCUGUGGUGAAAAUCCUGAGAGUGCUGCGAGUGCUCAGGCCUCUUCGAGCCAUCAACAGAGCCAAGGGACUCAAGCACGUGGUCCAGUGUGUGUUUGUGGCUAUCAGGACUAUCGGGAAUAUCAUGAUCGUCACUGCACUGCUUCAGUUCAUGUUUGCCUGCAUUGGUGUCCAGCUCUUUAAGGGUAAAUUUUAUCGGUGCACAGAUGAAGCGAAACACACACCUGAGCAGUGCAAAGGAACCUUUGUGGUAUAUAAAGAUGGUGAUGUUACUCGUCCGAUGGUGCGGCAGCGCCUCUGGCUCAACAGCGACUUUAACUUUGACAACGUGCUCAUGGGCAUGAUGGCCCUGUUCACUGUAUCUACUUUUGAAGGCUGGCCAGCACUUCUCUACAAAGCCAUAGAUGCAAACGGGGAGAACCAUGGCCCCGUCUACAACUACCGCGUGGAGAUCUCUAUCUUCUUCAUCGUCUACAUCAUCAUCAUCGCUUUCUUCAUGAUGAACAUCUUCGUGGGUUUUGUCAUCAUCACGUUCCGUGAGCAGGGAGAAGCUGAAUUUAAAAACUGUGAGCUCGACAAGAACCAGAGACAGUGUGUAGAAUAUGCUUUGAAAGCCCAGCCCUUGAAGCUGUACAUCCCUAAGAACCCAGUGCAGUAUAAGUUCUGGUCUAUGAUCAACUCCACAGGGUUUGAAUACAUCAUGUUUGUGUUGAUUCUCCUCAACACAGUGACUUUGGCUGUUCAGCACUAUGAACAGUCCAAACUCUUCAGCUACGUCAUGGACAUCCUCAACAUGGUCUUCACCGGCCUUUUCACUAUAGAGAUGAUCGUCAAACUCUUAGCCCUCAGACUCCGGCAUUAUUUUAUGGAUGCUUGGAACUCCUUUGAUGCUCUGAUUGUGGUGGGAAGUGUGGUGGACAUAGUGGUUACAGAGUUUAGUAGCUCAGAGGACAGCUCUCGAGUUUCUAUCACAUUCUUCCGUCUGUUUCGUGUGAUGCGAUUGGUUAAGCUGCUCAGCAAAGGGGAAGGCAUCCGCACGCUGCUGUGGACCUUUAUAAAAUCUCUGCAGGCCCUUCCUUAUGUAGCGCUGCUCAUUGCCAUGAUCUUCUUCAUCUAUGCUGUGAUCGGCAUGCAGACAUUUGGGAAGAUUGCCAUGCAGGACUACACGCCAAUCAACCGCAAUAACAACUUCCAGACCUUUCCCCAAGCAGUCCUGCUGCUCUUCAGGUGUGCCACAGGUGAAGCAUGGCAGGAGAUCAUGUUGGCCAGCCUGCCGGGAAAGCGAUGUGACCCUGAGUCAGAUUAUGAGCCUGGUGAGGAGUUCACCUGUGGCAGCAACUUUGCCAUCGUCUACUUCAUCAGCUUCUUCAUGCUUUGUGCUUUUCUGAUUAUCAAUCUCUUUGUGGCUGUCAUUAUGGACAAUUUUGACUACUUGACACGUGAUUGGUCAAUUCUGGGGCCGCAUCAUCUGGAUGAGUUUAAAAGGAUCUGGUCAGAGUAUGAUCCUGAGGCCAAGGGUCGCAUAAAGCAUUUAGAUGUGGUGGCUCUACUCAGAAGGAUUCAGCCACCCCUGGGUUUUGGAAAACUCUGUCCCCACCGUGUGGCCUGCAAGAGGCUGGUUGCUAUGAACAUGCCUUUAAAUUCUGAUGGCACAGUGACCUUCAACGCCACGCUGUUUGCCCUAGUCAGAACUGCCCUGAAGAUUAAAACUGAGGGUCACGCAGAUCAGGAAAACGAGGAGCUGAGGAUCAUCAUUAAGAAGAUCUGGAAACGCAUGAAGCCCAAAAUCCUGGAUGAGGUUAUUCCCCCAGUUAGUGAGGAAGAGGUGACUGUGGGCAAGUUCUAUGCAACGUUCCUGAUUCAGGACUACUUCAGAAAGUUCCGUAGGAGGAAAGAGAAAGUGGGUCUAGGAGAACCGGACCCCAAAAACCCAUCAGCUCUCCAGCUGUGUCAGGCAGGCCUGCGUACCCUGCAAGAUCUGGGGCCAGAGAUUCGACUGGCCAUGAACGCAGAUAUGGAGGAGGAAGAGGAGGGGAUGGAGGAAGAGCAAGAGGAGGAUGAUGCACACUAUAUGAAUGAGAAAGGUUACGCUGAACACCCAGCCAAAGACCGCCGUGCAUCUCUGGCCUCCACGCCGACUGGUACAUCUGCUUCUGUCCUAGGAGAGGGCAUCUCCAACGGUGGUCCAUCCCGCAGGGCCUCCCUAGCUAAAACGCCCAAUGGCAGUAGCCUAUUGGAGCAGGAGAAUUUCACAAGAGGAGAGAACAUGCGGUCCUCCUUCCAUUACCAUAAUAAGAACGGGGUGAUCGAGCAGCAACCGAAGAGGGCAUCAUAUUACAAGCACCCAAGGAGAGACUCGAGGGACCGCUUUAGCUCUCCUCUAUCACGGAGAAUGGAUGGAGAGGAGGGAUAUCCAGGAGAACAAAAUUUCUACAGAGAGGAUGAUGAGGAGGCCGCUAUGUCCAGAUACAGGCAUGGCUACCCAGAAGAGGGGCCUGUGUAUCCUGGCCAAAGAGAACACGGGUAUGAUGCCCAUCUUACGUAUAAUAACCAUUAUGGGAACGGCUAUGUGGAGGCCAGGAGGACAGCCAGGAGACGACUGCUUCCUGCAACCCCCACUGGGCGGAAGCCAUCAUUCAACAUCCAGUGUCUGAGGAGGCAGGGCAGCAAUGACGAUCUCCCCAUCCCAGGCACCUACCAUCAGAAUUCUCCACCUUGCAGAGCACGUGGACAGCCGUAUGGCAGCUACGACUCCCGGCGCAGCAGCAGCCACUCUUCCAUGGGCUCCACCGCCUCCUGGGCCAAUCCCAGCCCUCGACGGGGUCGCCUGCUGUAUGCACCGCUUAUUCUGGUGGAGGAUGAGGUGGCGGGCGGUGCUGGAGGUGUGGGCAUCUGGGAUAAGAAGGCUGGAAGUACUAAUGUGCCUGUGGCAGAGCAUCCGGGCUGGUACUCAGGGUCCUCAGGUGGGCGAGCAGCCCAGCCUUACAGGGCGUACACCACUCUGAGAGUGCCCACCCAGCUCAGUCCACACUACAGCGAGAAGAGAGGGAGUGCUGACAGCCUGGUGGAGGCGGUAUUAAUUUCUGAGGGUCUUGGCCUUUAUGCUAAAGACCCCAAAUUUGUUGCCUUCGCCAAGCGGGAGAUCGCUGAUGCAUGUCACAUGACCAUAGACGAAAUGGAGAGUGCAGCCAGUGACCUGUUGAGCCGGGGGAGCACGGCGAGCUCUGGAGGAGGGGGGUUCCUCAACCACACAGAUCUGGGACCCUUGUACAGCGACGAAGAGCCGGUCCGGGGGCGAGAUGAGGAUGAACUUGCUGAUGAAAUGACAUGUGUUACCUCCUUCUGAGAGACAGCAGAUGGACAGUGCUGAUCAAUAAGUGAGCGGAAGGAAGGGUGAAAAAGAGGCUGCACAGUGAAGCAGCCAGUAUCUGCUGGAGUCAGGGCUACAGGGCUACAGGGGAACAAAGCUGCAGGUUACAAAGGCAAGCGUGGACAAAUGUAAAGUUAGUGUUAGACUAUGGUUGAUAGAAGUACUGGGAUAAAUAUGACAAAGUUUUAAUGGAGGCUAUGACUUAAAUUGAUACAAAUGUACUGAAAGUUUUGAAAUGUAUUUAGAAGAAUCCAAGAUAGAGCAGAAAGAGAACUUAUAAGUCAGAAGCUGAAGAACAGACAGGCUGUAUCAGUAGCUGAAUGACGCUGGAUAGAUCAAAAUACCUAAAAGCACAGAAAUCGUGGCACAGUGAAUCUGCGAGCAGCCAGCAUUCAUUUGCUGUAACACAUUUGCAUCAAAUAGUGUGCAGUAGGCCCAGAAAGGACUACUUUUUUACUGAUCAUGUUGAACAUGGUUUAUUUAUUUGUAAAUACAUUUUAUGUAAUCCUCUUUUCAUUCAUUUGACCAAAAAUAAAAAACACCUAUAAAGGGAUUCUGCCACAUGAGAUCUACGAAAUAUACAGUUGUGUAGCAAUACUGAAUAAGAGGAAGACAUCCUAGAUCCUUACAUUGUGCUUUUUUUUUAUUUUCACAGUGAUAUGAUUUCAUUGUAAAUACCCACUUAUUUCUACUGUUUUUAUUUUUCUAUGACUCCUAAUACAUCUUUUAAGAAUCCCUCGAUUAACCUCCUGUACCUCCUGUAGGUUUCUUUAACGAAUGCACAGUUGUGCAUUUUUAUUUUAAUUUACCUGUUUUAGUUCAGUCUUCUCUCUUUCAUUUUCAUUUAAUAAUGGAUGCAAACAGAUUGCUUUGGAUUAUAUUGAACUUGCAAUUUGAAAUUUGAGUUUCUACUGCAAUUCAUACAUAGGUCAACAGUUUUCCUGAAAUUGAUUAGAAAAUUUCUGCUUUCUUAGAUUUUUGUUUGAAUGUCACAAUCUGUGUGGCUCAGUGUUUGUCUAUAGAUUUUCCAUGAAUAUAAAUAUGUAAAUAACUGUAUUAUAAUCCUGUGCUGUACAUGUAAACAUCUUAAGAUAUUUCUAUGUGAGAGUGGGUGAGAGUCUAUUUAUUAAAUAAUGAAUUAUUUGUAAUCUGAAAUAUAAAAAUGAACUGUGGAUUUUCUGUUUAUUUGUUUCUUUUUUUUUCUUACUGUGGACAAGCCAACCAUAGUGAUCAAACACAUACACAUAUUGAGAUAAAGUGAGCACAUGUGCCAGGGAUGGUGGGGAUAAGAGCGAAAUGACAUUAGGCCAACGGCUUGCAAGAACGUUACAGUAGAUCAGCCUUUCAUUUGUAAAUACGAUUAUGCAGUUUAUCAAGGUGACAUUAUUAACAAAACAAGAAAAAGCCUGAAUGGAUGUUUUGUUCAUUGGUAGAGACUGUUAUUUUGCUGAAUGCUGGUGCUGCUGUAAUUUGAAGAGGAGGCUACUUGUCUCCUUAUCCCUCCAGCACUCCCUCCCCCAGUCCUCCCCAGAUGGCUUUGCUGGUCCAGCUGUUAACAGCCCCCCUGUGACAAGUGU